GGAGGAGGAGGAGGAGGGAUCGCCUGGCAGGGGGAGAGCGAGCGAGCGAUGGAGUUGAGCCUCGACGGGCUCGGCAACCUCCACCAGGCCGGGGAGCUCUUGAGCCCCGCCGGGGCGCACGCCAGGCAGCCUCCGCCUCCUCCGCCGCCUCCCCCUCCGCCUCCUCCCCCGUCGGCGCACCGCAACCUCGUCUCCUCUCACGGCAGGCCGGCCAUGGUCUCCAGCAUGGCGUCCAUCCUCGACGGGGCGGGAGAAUACCGGCCGGAGCACACCCUGGGCGGGCCGCUCCACCCGGCCAUGAGCAUGGCUUGCGAGUCGCCGUCCGGGAUGAGCACCUACACGACCCUGACUCCCCUGCAGCACCUGCCGCCCAUCUCCACCGUCUCCGAGAAGUUCCACCACCACCACCACCACGCUCACCACCACGCUCACCACCACCCGCACCACCCGCCGCACCACCAGCGGCUGUCCGGGAGCGUCAGCGGCAGCUUCACCCUCAUGCGCGAGGAGCGCAGCUUGGCCGCCUCCAUGGGGAACCUGUACGGCCACUACCCGAAGGACAUGCCCUCUAUGGGGCAAGCCCUGUCGCCCCUCUCCAACGGCCUGAGCCUACACAACGGGCAGCAGUCGCUGGCCCCCUACGGGCCCGGCGCCCACCUGGCCGGAGACAAGUUGCUGUCCCCCAACGGCUUCGACCCUCACAUGCUUUCCAGGAGCGAGGAACACCUGGCGCGGGGUCUAGGGGCCCCGGGAUCCGGCAUGAUGCCCUCGCUCAACGGCAUGCACCCCCACGGAGGGCACCCCCACGGGCAAGCCAACGGCGCUCUGCUGGGCGAGCGGGAGAGGCAAGCUUCGUCGGCGUCCGGCUCGCAGGCAGGGGGCUCCGGGCAGGUGGAGGAGAUCAACACUAAGGAAGUGGCGCAGCGGAUCACGGCCGAGCUGAAGCGCUACAGCAUCCCGCAGGCCAUAUUCGCCCAGCGGAUCCUGUGUCGCUCGCAGGGCACCCUCUCCGACCUCUUGAGGAACCCCAAGCCGUGGAGUAAGCUCAAGUCCGGGCGGGAGACCUUCCGAAGGAUGUGGAAAUGGUUGCAGGAGCCCGAGUUCCAGAGGAUGUCUGCCUUGAGGCUGGCGGCAUGCAAACGUAAAGAACAGGAGCAGCAGAAGGACAGGAACCUGCAGCCGAAGAAGCAGCGCCUCGUCUUCACGGACCUCCAGCGCCGCACCCUGAUCGCCAUCUUCAAGGAGAACAAGCGGCCUUCCAAGGAGAUGCAGAUGACCAUCUCUCAGCAGCUGGGCCUGGAACUCAACACCGUCAGCAACUUCUUCAUGAACGCCCGACGGAGGUGCAUGAACCGUUGGCAGGAAGACCCAGGCGCCAACCCCGGGGUCCCCUCUUCAUCUACAAGCACUUUUUCCAAAGCAUGAUCUCCUCCU